ACAGCACUAAGGGGGGGGGGGAAAGGAGGUAGAAAGCUAGAGAGAGAGAGAAUAGUUCCCUUGUCCAAAUCUUACCCUUUCACUAGCUCUCUCUGUUCUCAUCCCCUUCUUCAUCACCUUAUAGUGGAUGUCAUUCUCCACUCCUUUGAACAAUUGAACCUCCCCCAUGCAUUCAUGAACCCUUAAAGCAUUCUCAUCAUACACCCUGACAUACAUAUCUCACAAAGAAGCAAGGGAGGACCAAAAAAGAAAAUUAAAGAAGAAGAUCAUAAAAGGAGAAUCCAGGGGUUAGAAAAAGAUCAAAAGGGGGAUCAACUCCACUACCUCUCUUGAUCCAUCAUGUGGAAUCAGCAGCAUCAAGCUCACCAUGGCCAUCAUCAGCUUCACCAAAGUGUGGAGGCGAAUCAGCUGCCGAUGACCUCGGCCAGCUUGCUGCUUGCUCCUCGGUCGCCAGACAUGGCCGCCGCCGGGAUCCUUCCGGUGAGUGGUGGCGGCGGCGCCUCCUCGGCGCGGCCGGUGUCGAUGGCGGAGCGCGCCAGGAUGGCGAAGAUCCCGCAGCCGGAGCCGGGGCUCAAGUGUCCGCGCUGCGACUCCACCAACACCAAGUUCUGCUACUUCAACAACUACUCCCUCACCCAGCCCCGCCACUUCUGCAAGGCUUGCCGCCGCUACUGGACCCGCGGCGGCGCCCUCCGCAACGUCCCCGUCGGCGGCGGCUUCCGCCGCAACAAGCGCGGAACCAAGCCCUCUAACUCCAAGAAGCCCGCCGCCGCCGUCGCCGGCGGCGUCAUGGCGCCGCCGCAUGCGCAGCUGCAGCUCCCUUUCGGGUUUGAUGGCGGCGGCGGCGGUGGCCAUGGUAGUAUCAUCGGUGGUGGUGGUGGUGGUGGCGCGUCGAGGUUAGGGUUUCCGGAGCUCAGCUCGCUGCACGCGGCUGCCGCCGUCGACUACCAGCUCGGCGGCGGCGGCGGCGGCGACGGCCUCGGGCUCGAACGGCAGCGCCUCCCGCACUUCCCGUUCUUAGCCCGAUCCAACGCCGCAGUCCAUCCACCGCCGCUGAUGUCCACCGCCGCCGGGGUAUCGUAUCCAUUUGGCGACGUCGCGGCGGGCGGCCUUGGCGGCGACAUGCCGGCCAACGCCGCCAGCGUCGCCGGCUCCGCCGGGCUCAUCACGCAGAUGGCCUCGGUGAAGAUGGACGACAUCGACAACCACCCACCACCGUCUGCGGCAACGACGACGGCGAGCUCGCCGAUUGAGUUCCUCGGUCUCCGUGGAAGCUUGCAGUUCUGGGGAGGCGGCGGCGGCCACCGUGGCGGUGGUGAUGGUGCCGGCGGCAGUGCUGCUCCCGGCGGCGGCGGCGGCGGGUGGUCCGACCUGCCGGCGUUUGACUUGUCAACGUCUGGAAAUAUACUGUGAUGACUCAAGUCAUGAGGCAUAUGCAGAAUGGGUCAAUGCAUGGAUGGUGCAUGGCUUCAUGGGGAAAAGAAGAAGAAAAAUCAAUCUAGAAUCCUAGAACUAGAAGAGUGUUAUAUAUGUUGUGUGUAUCAUGCAUGCAUGGAACCAAACUAGGUAAGUAAUUUAAUUUUGCAUGAUCUGAUCAGGGCCUAGAAGAACUAUAUUACUAGCUGAUAUGAAUCUAUAAUUAGUUAGUCAUUAUGGUGUGACUAAUCUGUUUCUUGUUCUUGCAUAUGCAUGCCUAGCUUGGUAGAUCAAGUCAUGAAGCUAUAGCUAGGUUAUAGCUGUGUGUUAGUAUUAAGUAAGGUCGAGAAAUAUUGAAGUCAUCAUGAAGCUAGCUAGGUUAUAUAGCUGUGUGUUAGUGUUAAGCAAAGCUCUAGAAAUAUUGUAUCUAGGGAUGAAUGGUACCGCUUGAUUAUUAUUAUAUGUAGUAUUUUUAUC